ACUCAAAAAUUGGCAACCACUCUUACCGACAAUGCAAUUGUACCACCUGAUGCCCUGACCACGGAACCACAACCCUGCACCCCCAUUACAUAUUCUCAUAUACUCAGCAGCUGCAUUGCACUAUACCAACCAUGAGCGACCUCCUCUCCAACAUUUCCAAGAUGUUGUGCAUCAAGGCAAGAUCCGAGGCUACGCAGGCUGGCGAGGACGAUGGCUAUCCGGUGGACGAGUGCCGCGUCUGCCUGUCGAGGAUCCGCGUCGGCGAGGCCACCCGGGGACUGCCGUGCCGGCACGUUUUCCACCGGGACUGCAUCGACCGCUGGUUGGUGUCCUGCAAGCGGACCUGUCCGCUCUGCCGGGUGUUCGUGGCCGACAAGAACAGGCAUCCGGUGGCGGCCAAGCACACCAGCCGUGAAGCACUCACCGACGACCUGGUGAUUUGGUUCUCCACCGUGCUCGUCCCCGGUUUCUGAGGCUAAGAUCGUCUUCAUUUUCGAUUGAAGCCAGUAUUGUUUUCAUUUUUUUUGCGAGUACUAUUCAACUUAUAUAUACCUUUGUUAGACUAUAGAACAGCUUUCAAAAUAUUUCUGUAUGCACGCAGGAUAUAGUUUCUGGUUUCAUUUUAAUUGUUGGAAACAACCUUUGUACUGGGUGCUGCAUACUAAACGAGAAUGACUGAAAAUAAGCAGUUUGAGUAAAUUAAAUGACGUCAAAAUUUUUGCCACUCAA